GUGGGAGUUCCUACAUAUGUCGCAUUAAGACCUUUUGUACAUAGCUCUUCGAACUAGCUAUUGUAGAGCUAUUGUAGUCAAUCAGUCGAUCAAUUUUGACAAUUAACUUAUAACCCGUACUCCUUAUAAAAAUAAUCCUUAUUCAUAAGAACUAGAAGUAAAAAUGAGCGGUCCAGGAGCUGGGUUCGAAUAUCCUCCUACUGAGGUAUCGUGGACGAAGCGCGAUGUUUUGUUGUUUGCCAACACUAUAGGUUGCACUUCUGAUGAGCUUCACUUUCUCUACGAGCUCGACCCUAACUUCUCGGUAUUCCCGACCUACCCGGUUAUUCUACCCUUUAAGAAAAAUGAGACAGAAGUAAUCGACUUCUAUGCCGCGCAAAAGGCAAUCAAGAUUCCCAGCGUGCCCGACUUUGACUCGCGGCGCGUCGUCGAUGGCCAGCGACUAGUCCAAUUCCUGAAGCCACUACCCACCACAUCCGCGGGUAGGAAGUUCGAGAUGCGCACCAAGGUGCUCGGCGUUUACGACAAGGGACGGCCAGGUUCCGUCGUCGAACUACAGCAGGAUCUAGUUGAUGUCAGCACCGGCGAGGUCUACUCGCGCGCAAUUGGCAGCACGUUUUACGUAGGGCAGGGCAACUGGGGUGGCCCCAAAGGUCCCGCGACGCAGAAUUUCCCGCCGCCCAAGGGCAAGACACCCGACGUCGAGUUCGAAGUGCAAUCUAACUCCCAGACCCCCUUGCUAUAUCGCCUGAAUGGCGAUUAUAACCCCCUGCACGCUCACCCAGAGCCCGGAAAGAAGAUGGGCUUUGGAGGCGUCAUCAUCCACGGUCUAUUUUCUUUCAACACCACUUGCCAUGGCUUGUUGGAGAAGCUUGGCGGAAGUGACCCGGCCAACAUCAAGGAAUUCCAAGCUCGGUUUGCGAGUCCUGUUAGACCAGGGGAUAAAUUGGUUACGUCUGUAUGGAGAACUGGUGAGAUGAAGGGCGAAUGGGAAGAGAUUCGAUUCGAGGUGAAGGUUGCUGGCGGAAAGGUGUGUCUCAGUAACGGAAGGGCGCUUAUGAGGGUUGUGGGAGAAUCUAAGAGCAAGCUGUAAAACCAGACUUGAGCGAUAGUGUUUGAAUACUUUUUUUUUCUUUUUGGAUAUAUGCAAGUUGUAUACUAUACUAAAAACUGGAAGCGAUAAAAGCUACGUUGUUUGGCUAUUCUGAGAAUGAAGUUAUUGGCAGUUGAUUGUUGAUUGUAAAAGCAUGAUUGGUAACAAGAUAUGUGUGACGCAGUAACAAUUUCUCCCGUAACAAACUCAAUUGU